AUGGCGAAGAAAGCUCGUCAACGAAUUAGCUAUGUUCUCGAGAGCGCCAAGAGCUCGGCGGGCGGCCACCGUCUGGGUGUCAAUGGCCUCGCGGUCGAUCGCGACAACAACAUCCUCUUCUCUGGUGGUCGAGACGGCAUAGUGUGCGCUUGGGACCUCAACCUUGAUCUCAACAAUCCCCCGAGCAAAUCGACCGACGAUGCCGAUGCGAACAAGGAAAAGACCUCCUCCAAGCUCCGAGCGCAAACCCAGGCGCACAUGGGCUGGAUCAACGACAUUGCCUGGGCCCAGAACGGCUCGGCCUUGGUAACGGCGUCGUCUGAUCUUACUGUCAAAGUUUGGAGACCACAUUCGGCUGAGACUACCGAAGCGCAACCCAUAGGUGCGCAUGCCGACUAUGUCAUGCGCCUUGCUACCCCUCCAGCCGACAUGAAUGCCAAUUGGGUAGCAUCCGGUGGCCUUGAUCGCAAAAUAUGUCUCUGGGACUUGAACGGCAAGGGUCAAACGCUCGAGAUUGAUGUGCAAGGAGAAGAGAUUCCGGCCAAGGGUUCCGUAUACUCUCUGAGUGUCGGCCGUAACAUCAUUGCGUGCGGUGGCCCCGAGAAAACUGUGCGCUUAUAUGACCCAAGAUCGGGUGAGAAGGUCUCCAAGCUCGUCGGCCACCUUGACAAUAUCCGUGCCAUUCUGAUUGACGACGCCGGUGACACCAUUCUGAGUGCCAGCUCUGACAAGACGAUCAAGUUGUGGAGUGUGAAGAAUGGCCGUUGCAUUUACACAUACACAAUGCAUGAGGAUAGUGUUUGGUCCUUGUAUUCUGACGACCCGCGCCUCGGCGUUUUCUACAGCGCCGAUCGCUCGGGUCUUGUAGCCAAGACCGAUGUGCGAGGUAGCUGGGACGAUAUGGAUGACGGGCUAAGUCUUGCGGUUAUCCAGGAGCAUUCAUCGGUUUUCAAGGUUGUUGCCGCUGGUGGACACAUUUGGACAGGCACUGAACACUCAUCUAUCCACCGAUGGGCUGAUGUUGAUACAAGCGACAAGACACAGUUCUCGGAUGCCUUCAAACGUGAUCGCGCUACCUCGGCUGCGUCCAAGAGGCCACGAGAGUCCUCUAUUUCCUCUGCCGCUGAACCAAGCCCCAAAACGGAGACAGCACCAUCUCAGUCCAUUCUCAGGAUUUCAAACACAGCCUCGUUUCCCAUGCGGCCAGCAGUUGGCGUUGAUUCAAAUGCCAAUGGGGAGAAUAUUACAAGGAAAAUGUCCGAGAUCGUCAUUGAACAGCCAGACUUUGAGCCGAAGCCGAUUCAUUCUGUGCCCACCGAAACAAUUGAAGGUCAAUUUGGCCUCCUUAAGCACAAGCUACUAAACGACAGAAGGAGAGUCCUUACUCUAGAUACCGCAGGCGAAGUCAUGAUGUGGGAUCUAAUAAAGUGUGUACCGAUCCAGAGCUUUGGGAAGCAGCCUCUCGAAGAUGUGGAAAGAGUUGUCAAUACUCGUGAGGCUGUAGCGCCCUGGUGCUCCGUCGAUUCAAGUUCCGGAAAUCUUUCAGUAGUCCUAGAGCCGUACAAUUGCUUUGACGCCGAGGUAUAUGCCGAUGAGCUAGAGCUCGAGGAGCCCGUCGAGUUCAGAGAAGACCAGAGAAUCAGUCUCGGGAAGUGGAUCCUUCGCUACCUAUUCGCCAAUCUCAUUGAUGCUGAAAUCAAACAAGACGAAGAGUAUAGGCGGGCACUGGAUGAGGGCAAUGAGACGAAACGCGUAGCUGCUCGAGCAAACGCACCAACCUCAAUUGAAAUACCCCGACCCAAUCUACAACUCGAUACAUCUGACAAAGUAUCGACUCCCCGAGCCACGGGAGCGCACCUUGUACCGACUACGCCAGGGCUUGCAAUAGGUCUUGCUACCCCUGCUCCGCUUACAAGCCUUCCAAACGUUCCAGAGGGUGUAGUCUCAACCCCCUUGAGUCCAUUGGAAAAGCGCCAAUCCCACGCAAGCCGCCAGUCGACAGAUAAUGACUAUUUCACAAGCACAAUUGGGCCUGCUGAUGGGGGAGCAAAGCCCGCUGUUACUACACCAGCUGCCACACCGGCCGCGGAGACACCCGAUCCUAAGACUCCUGCAGAAGGUCCGAAAGGGAAGGAUAAAGCAGUGGAGAACGGCAAAAGCACUCCAUUUGGGAAAUUCCGGAUGUUUGGGUCGAAGAAGCUCAACAGAUCAGCCUCGCAAACGGCGCCGGAGAAACCUGCAAUCGUGGACGAGAAGGCCGAAGAGUCAGAGUCUUCAUCAAACCACGAAAAGGAAGUAGACGACAGCUUCUAUGGCGUCAUCCAGAAGAUACGCAAUGACUACGACAGACAAGCAACCGAGCAGCCAGACAAGCCAGUCGAAACGGGCGUAACCCCCAGCCUACCGGGCGAUACUCCUGUACUCAAGCUGCCUCCCAACACCAAGGUCAUCAUCCAGGAGGAAACUUCUGGUGGAAGUGCGAAUAUAUAUCAAGGCACAGUCGAAACUGUUGGGAAUGAUGCGGAAACUAUUGAGCAGAAAGCUCCCAUGUGGCUUGGGCAUUUACUUCUACAAAACCAGGUCCCAUACAAGGAUCCUGUGAAAGUCUCAUUUGUACUGCAUCCUCUGGGAGACCUGCCCGCAAUUGCAACUGCGGAUGGCAACAAUAGACUAAAUGCAAACAGAAUGCUGAGAGUCAAGAAGAUUCUGGCAUAUGUGGCUGAGCGAAUUGAGAAACUUCCAGAGGAGCCGGAGCCGGAUGCCCUUAAGCCUGAGGAAUAUCUGGAACUGUACUGUAACGACCAGGUGCUUGACCCGUUGAUGAGCCUAGCAACUUUGCGAACCCACGUAUGGAAAGGCGGCAAUGACAUUGUGCUACAUUAUAAAUCAAACGGCCGCAAGGAGAUUCAGAUUGCGCCUCCACAACCGGAAGAGCCAGCUGAGGGAACUGAAACAACGGCACAGGAUGCACCAACAGGUAGCGAGAACGAUGAUACAACCCCCAACCAAUCGACAGCCUGA